AUGCAGCAGGAGGCUGAAGAGAAGCCCAACCCAGUGCCACCGCCUGUUCCAAAAAAGAGAGAGCCAUUGGCAGUUGUGGAGAAGAAGUGCGCCGCCAUCGCUGGUCUCAAGGAUUACAUGAUGCUGAAUGUUUGGCCGCUCAUGGCCCAGCUAGACAAAGACACAGCCACUACCAACCUGGUGUCCAAGCUCAAUGAAAUACUGCAGGAAUUACCUGAGCUAGCUUCUGUCUUCCAGGAGUUUGGGUUUGUCAACCAGGAAUUCCCAGAGCCAGUAGUGUGGGGCAAACUUUCUUCGGAAUUGUCUCGAGCGGAAACUGGUUUCAAAGACAUCAUCGAAGAGCUGAGCAAACUGAAAGCCAAAAAAGCGAGAGGCCGUCCUUUUGGGGCAGCAAACAAAGGAAGGAGUGGAAAGGACGAGACAGGACAGACGGAGGGGGACGAGGAGUUGGAGCUGGAAACGCCCAGAUGCACCAGGAAGAGGAAGACAGCUGCAGAGACAGCCGAAAAUUCCACCAAGGAACCGAAGAAACCAAAGACCCAGAAAGCCUCCACCGCUGAUAAAGCCAAGGGCGACCAGGAGGAGAGCUGUGAUGGGGAAGAACCUACCAAGGAACCAAACAAGUCAAUUCAGAUUCCAUUGUACACCAAGUGUAUCAUUGUGGAGUACGCCAUGAAGCUAGCAGAGGAUGGCACCGAGGCAAGCAUUGAAAAAGCUGUCAUGAGAAAGUUCAAAAAGUACUUUUUCUCGGUGGAGAGUGAGAGGUACAAGACUGGUUUGCUGCGCAAAUGGACCAUGAACUUUGGCAAAAGGUAUAUCAUUCGAAUUCAGCCCCGGGUGAGGACCUACUGGGAGGAGAAGCACAACCUCAUUCCGUGGAGUAUCCUUUCUGUCAAGGACAGGAUGGGUAUGAAACAAUUGCCAGGCUUUCUCAGGCGUGCACUUGACCUACCCGAGCGAUUUCGCAAAGGACACGCACUAUUCAUGCCCAUCGAGGUCGAGGAAUGUAUGAACGACGUGCUGGAGCGCAUGGUGGCAGGAUCCACCCGGACUUUGCAGAAUGCAGGAUCCAUGAAACCACAGGUUUUGCUUCAGACUGCUUCCAAACUUCUCAAGUCAUGGAGAGAACUCUAUCUCAAGUCUUGUGAGGAGAAUGGCAUCAAACCAAAAGAAUGCCGGGAGAACAAGCCCAACAACCAGUGGUUGUCGAGAUUCCUUUACCGCUGGCAGUGGAGCUGGCAAGCUUCCAACACAAAGGGGAGUUAUCUCCCCAAUGACUCAGAGGAGAUGAUUGAGAUGAGAAAGACACACCAGGCACAAAGAUUGAUUGAGAAAGCCCCAUGGUCGAUGACAUUGAACUUUGACCAGUUAUGGCGGGCUGGGUACGAACCUCCAAGCAAAGUCUUACACAAAAGACGUGGCAAAAGGCAUGCGAAUGAUGAUUGUGAGCUGUCUCCAGAGGAUGUCGUGGGCAAGCGGCUGGAAGCCGUGCUCCAAGUGGUGGAAGGGGAGAUGCAGAGAAGGAUGGGUAGAGCCAACAAAUCGAAGGUCAGAAAGACUGUGGCCAGGACAGAUAGGGUCAGGCCUUCCUUGAUCACUGAUAUCAAUGCUGCAUACCACGGUCAUGUCUUCAUUUUCGAAUCCGGCACCGAAUCCCAUUUCAUGAAUGCAGAGACAACAUUGCUCUACUUGCGGAACCUCAUUGGGCCAGCCAUCCAAUUGAGGAGGGCAGCCCUCGGCUUUGAUCAUUCUGUUCGGGCCCUUUUGAUUGUCGACGGUUUUACCGGGAACUUUGCCACCUCCUCAGGGGAGGACCUGCGGCGGAAGCAGUGGAGUGAUGAGAUGAACUGCGCAUUGCCGAUUAGACCACCGGGCGGCUGGUCGGCCUGGGGCCAGCCAUGUGAUGGCUUCCACACUGUGCUCAGAAGGCUCAUGAACUUCUACACGGAUGGAGUCCUUGGACCCCGAUACAACGAUUGUGGACUGGAGCAGGCCACCAGGCCGCUGGUUUUGGGUGCCACUGGGCAGAAACAUCUUCAGGUCACACCUGAAAACACCCUCAAAAGUAUGAUGUGGGCCUGGGAGAAGCUAGCUCCCUACAAGCGGCUUAUUCAGUGGACAUGGACUUCCCGGGGACUUGUGACAGCGGAAGAGAUGAGAGAGAUGAAUGGGGGGGAGGCAGGUGAAGACCCUGCAGAGGAUGUAGCUGCAACGGUAUUCAGGGCAGAGCUCAUUCCAGGAAUCCCAGUGUUGACACCGCCUAGCAUUGAUGAAGCGUUGCUACAUGCAAUUCCUGGUCGCCCAGUACAUGUGUGGCAAAUGCAAGAUCCUAAUCCUCCAGUGCCAGAGGAGAUGAACACUUGGAUAUCCCUUCCAAUGUUGAUGCAAGAGCAGGUGGACAAAAUGUACGCAAAGUAUCAGUUGGACAUCUAUGAGGCAGAAAAAAGGUUGGAACGUGGUGAAAUCAAAGCAUCCAAAGUUGAAAGCAUCAGGCAGAACCGUUUGAGACCCAUAGUGCUCAUGCACUCAACAGGUCAGCCAGCAAAUGCCAAGUAUUUGAAGGAUCACUUGAUCACUGAUGGAAGCUCCAUCAAGCUCAAGGAAGGAUCUCGCUCAUCGAUCAUUAUCUUUGACCUUGCAAAUCUCAGGGUGCAGGUUGGUAGAAUGGAUUGGGUUCCGCUCAGGGUCUUGAAGGCUGAAGUGGCUUUUGACAAGCUCACCAUCUCAGUUGACAAGGACUUUUUGAAUGAAAUCCGUGGCUGCUCACUUCCUGGGAUGCAGGAAUAUCAGUCUGAUCAGUCUGACCCGGAGGACAACCCAGAGCAGCAGGAGGAGCAGCAGGAGGAGAACAACGAUGACUUUGCGGCCAUGGGCAUGAUAAUUCCCGUGAAUUUUGGCCCAUCGCACGAAAACCCAGAAGAGUCUGAUGGGGAAGGUUACCAGAAGUUCGAGGACGAGGUGAUGAGACAGUUUAUCGCAAAGCUGGAUGAAGGCAAAAUGAAAACAGGAUUUGAGCCAGAGUUCGAAGACGAGGAGGGUAUGGAGAUUGUUUGUCCUGAAUGUGACGAGAUUCCCCAUACUGUUGAGCUACACCUGGACGAAUCUGGUGAGCUCGCCGUCUUUGUUCCAGACAUGGAGGUAGUGAAGAAAGCACAGCCAGAAGGGCGCCAACUCCAGUAUUUGCAUUCGCCAGCUUGGCAGGCCCUUGAGAAGGAAGGCCUGCUUGAACUGCCAGAUGUCAAAGGAUGCGGGCUCUGCUAUAACAGGCAUGGCCAGUGGCUUGGUGUCUUUUGCAACCGCCCGAACAUCGGCAGAACCUUUCGAGCGGGAUUUCGAAGUGAGCGCAAAGCAUUGUUGCAGGUGGUCUUAGGCGAGAGUGCCAAAGUACCUCCGGCCGGGUCCCACUUCGGGAGGUACUUUGGCACUCUCCUCUUCGGGGGGUCACCCAGGUACAGUUUCAAGAGCUCCAGCAUCGACCAAUACUGGUCGCAUAGCUGGGCCGAAAGAUCAUGGAAGAAGCUUCUGCUGCUCUUGUGGCUGAACAAUGGCACAAUGGCGGUGAUUUUCAGUACAUUUACGGCGUUGGGCGUCAUCCCGCUCUACACCUUGGGUUUUCUGCCCAGCCUCUCCGGUCUCGCAGCCAGCGCAGCCAGUGCCGAAGUGUCCAUCUGGUGCGUCGCUGCGGGGCUGCUGGGUUUGCUCCUGGGGAUGCUACUGUGGCGCCCGGGGAAGAUGGUCUUCAUAGACAAGGUCUUUUCAAAGACCUUCAGCAUGCUGUUUGCAGGAGAUGGUCAGCUGAAGCAGGAAGGGAUGCGGAAUAUCGGCGCAUGUCUGAAGCACUCCAAGUCCAUGUUGCAGCUCCAAGCCAUCUUCGAGCUCGCCACCUUUCUGAAAUGCCAUGAAGGAGAGAAGGUGCAUCUGGACAUUCGGCCCACCAUGCUGGCACCCUUCCUCUUAGUCAACCUGGCAGGCAAUGUCUUCAUUGCGGUGGCUCAGAUCUUAGUGCCAUUUGAUCACAAUUGGAGCAUCUUUCUGGUGGCCGCCUGCUUUGCGCCCUACUUCCUGGCAUGUGGCUGCCUUCUGCGCUCUUAUUUUGCCUCAAUUCAGGGCCUCAAGGAUCAGUUGGGUUUCUUCAGUAUUGACGACACGGUGUGCCUGCAAUGUGACAGGAAGAUCCUUUUGGAAUGCAUUCACGUGUGGUUUGGUUCCAUCGAGGACUUCGAACGCUAUGUCUGUAUCAAAGUGGCACGAGUUUUUUCACAAAGACUCGGAAAUUUCCUGUGCCAAUACUGGAUGGUCAUCAUUCUCUCCGCUCCGAUCUUCUGGGCGCAUUUGGACAUGAUCGCGAAAGCAGUGGUCAGCGAGGACUAUGGGACAGCCAGCUUACUAGCGGUCACGGCGUUUACCUGGUGGCUGGGGAUUCUCCCUGCGGCCUACGUGCUUUUCAUUGCUCUGAUGGCUAAGAGCCAAAGGAGGCAAUUGAGAAGAACUAGCAAUGCCUUGAAGCUUUGCUGGCGUGCGGUACCACCUUGUGCUCUCGUUCUGCUGCUUCUGGUUGCGGGGAUGUACCAAACUUUUUGCAUCCGCUACAUGAACGAUGCCUUUCUGGGCAUUUGCAUUUUCGCUGGCACUAUGAUCAUCCCCUGCUAUUUGGUUUGGCGUGCCUCUACCAAGUUUGCUUGGACUCUGGUGCUCAUUCCAGGUCAUAUGGGCAUCACCUUGUGGAUGACUGGUCUGUCGGGCAGCGGCAAGAGCACCAUAAGCGUGGCCUUAGAACGCGCCUUGGCAGAGAAUCAGGCGAAGAGUUACUUUGUGUACAGGCUGGAUGGCGAUAACCUGCGUUUCGGCCUGAACAGGGAUUUGGGCUUCAGCCCGCAGGACCGGAAGGAAAAUGUCCGACGAGUGUCGGAGGUGUCCAAGCUCUUUGCAGAGGCUGGCGCCAUCGUGGUGGCAGGCCUCAUCUCGCCCUAUGCGGCAGACCGAGACUAUGCGCGGGAGGUGCACAAAAACGCUUCGUUGCCCUUCAUGGAAGUCUUCGUAGACGCUCCCCUCGCAGCUGUGGAGAGCCGCGAUCCUAAAGGGCUUUACAAGAAAGCACGCGAGGGCAAGAUCAAGGGCUUCACAGGUAUCGACGCACCCUAUGAGAAGCCCGGGACCCCUGGAAACCCAGUCUUUGUGGACGACGUGGCACUUUUGGGCUCGCAGAUGGCCGCCGUUUUUGAUAGCUCUCCUCCCGGCCUGGCCGCUGGCGGCACACACGAGGACACCGCAGCGAUCAAGGCCAACAUCAUCCAGGAUGUGCAAGGGAGGCUCCUCCAAGCCAAGCGUGAAACCGAACAAAAGGUGGCGGCUGAGCUGAAGUUUUUGCACAAUGCAAUGCAUGAGAUGGAUCAACGUUUGGACAUGUUGAAUCAACGCCUCGAAGAAGUGCAGAUGCCGCAAUCCGAGAUGUUGGAGGACACUCAUGUGAUCCAAUCCUUGGCCAAAGUGGAACAGCAAUGGGGUAAGGAGCUGGGGAAGCUGAAAACGGAGUUGCAUCAGAUGAUCUUCGCGCACAAUCACAAUGCUGAUUUGAUGAAGCAUCAGAAGGACACCUUGGAUAAGAUUCGGCACGACAGCCUGUCUCGAAGUCCUGGAUCUGGCGCCACGCAGAUCUCGAAUGCCCGCAGCAUGUUGGCCAGUGCCGACGCCCGUAUCAAAGCCAUCCAGGCGAACUUCCAGAAAAUGGACCCCUUGGUUCCCAGAGUGACAGCUCUUGAGCUUCGACUCCAUCAUUGGCACGCGGCCGGCGGCUUAUCAGGGCCGCCUGCGAUGGGAGCCCCGCCGCUGGGUGCCUAUGGAUUUGAGCCCAGGCUGGGGGUUGCCAAACUCCUCCCAGAUGCUAGCUGCUAG